AUUGGCUAUGGAGGCCUUGGAUUCUGUUGCAAUGGGCCAAAAAUCCCAAAACGAGCCGAUUGUCCAGCUGUUAUGCCACUGAAAGAAGCGAGAUGUUCAUCUACAUGUAGCACAGACCACGAUUGUGUAAACGAGAUAUUUGUAGGAAAAUGCUGUUUUGAUGGAUGCGGUCUGACUUGUUAUCCAGUGAGUUUGCCAAGUCUGCAACGCAAAACAAUUGUUCCGCAAAGAAGAGUUUUAUUCCAUCCGGGAGAUGUGGUACAACAUAAUAAAGGCAUGUUAUCUUCGUUGGUAGCCGAUUGCCCAUCAUCAGUUGAAAAGUCGCUAGUAGAAAAAAUCACAAAUUGUUCGUCUCUAUGUGAGUCUGACGACGAAUGUCCUGGCAUGAAACGAUGCUGUCGCAUUGGAUGUUCCACUCAAUGUCUUUAUCCAGUGCGUACCACGCCUUGUUUUCAUGCAGCAUUAACAGCUGAACUAUACGAGAUGCGGAAAGUGAGACGGUGCGAUCAUGCAGGAAAAUAUGAACCGAUUCAGUGUGACUAUGAUGGUUGCUUUUGCGUCGAUGUAGACAGUGGUGAAGAGUUAUCUGGUACCAGAACCACUAACGAUACUCCCAAUUGUAAAGCGCCAAGUUCUUGUCCUGAAAUGUCAUGUCGAACAUCCUGCCCCUAUGAAUAUGAGCGAGAAUCGAAUGGAUGUCCAUCGUGUCGAUGUAAAAAUCCAUGCGCCGAUGUUAGUUUAUUUGCAUACAGCACGGGUUAUGACAAAAACAAGGUUUUGUCUAGGUUAAAUGUCCUCAAGGCAGCUAUUGUAUCAUGA